AACCAGCGAGCGGGCUUGGUGUGGGUUUGGAUUGGAUUAGAUUGUAGUACUCCGUAGUUAGAUUUUUUUUUUCAGAUUACGGCCUCCCCUUCCUACACUAUCUAACUAACUAUCUAUCUAUCUCUUCGCGGUCGUCGCAUUUCUUUGCUUGUGUAUGUGUUGGGGGGAUUUUACAUAGCGGUUUCUUUCUUUCUUUCUUUCUUCCUUUUCUCUUUUCUUCUCCUUCUCUAAUUCGCAUACGCACGCGCCGUUUGCAAUCCACCGAUCGAUUGAUCGAUCCGUCGAGAAUAAGUCGCAUUCAACGAACGACCUACCUAUCUACCUACCUUUACCAACCAACCUACCUACCGACGUUACUACCUCCGAACCGACCUACCUUCCAUUAACAAAGAAAAGAAAAAAAAGGAAAGCAAAUGGACGCCCAAGCCUACCUUCUCCGCCACGGCUGGUCCGGUCCCGGCAACCCACUCAACCCGAACCGACGGCCCGGCACACACGGCGGACUAGGACUGACGAGACCGAUUCUCGUUGCGCGACGCCAAGGCAACCAAGGCGUGGGGAAGAAGACGACCAAGGACCCCACGAAUCAGUGGUGGUUGCGGGGGUUCGAGGACGCGCUGAAGGGCGUGGGCGACGAGAAUAAGAGUGCGGGGGAUGCGAAGCGCACGCCGAAUGCGUUGACGAGUGAAUUGUAUCGGUAUUUUGUGAGGGGGGAGACGGUUCCGGGGACUUUGGGGGAUAAGAAGAGGAAGGCUGAGGAUGAGGAUGAUGGUGGGAAGAAGAAGAAGAAGAGCAAGGGAGAGGAGAGUAAGGAGGAGAGAUGGGUGAGGAGGGAGGAGAAGAGGAAGAGGAAGGAGGAGAGGGCAAAGAGGAGAGAAGAGAGGAAGAAGAAGAGGGAGGAGAAGGAGGUUAGGAGGGCGGAGAGGGAGAAGAAGAGGGCGCUUAAGAAGAUGAAGAAGGAGAAGGAGAAGGAGAAGGAGAAGGAGAAGGAGAAGGAGAAGGCUGGUCCUGAGGAUGUGUAUCCUACGCCGCCGGCGACGGAGGUGGAACAGACGGAGUCGAGUGGGAGGGAUGAGGAAGAGGUGAAGAAGGACAAGAAGAAGAAGACGAAGCGAGAGACGUCUGCGUCGGAUGACGGGUCGAAGAAAAAGAAGUCGAAAAAGUCCAAGGAUGGGACGGCGUCCUCGAAUUGAAUGUGGAUGAUUGGGAUCGAGAGAUGCUCUUUGGCAGUUUAUAGAUAGAUUCGACUUAUAGAUACCCAUGGCUGUGCUACUUGGUUGUACAUUCUCACGAA